UGAUGAAACGUCACUGCCACGUCUUGACACUGCAGGCGCGCUUGUUCCAGUGAGUGUUCCAAGUUCUACAAGUUUUUAACAACUAUCUUUUCAAAACUUAUAAUUUUUUGCUGAUAUCAGUUCUGAAAUGUUCCUGGCUUGUUUGAGCUGGUUUUGCACCUCGCUGCUAGUGUUCGUCAGUGGAGGGAAACUUCCAGAGGCCGAGGUAAAAAUCACAGUUCUGCACAAACCUUUCCUCUGUCAUCGCAAGUCGAAGUACGGAGACAUUCUGCUGGUACACCAUGAAGGAUAUCUUCAAAAUGGAACAAAGUUUCAUUCCAGCUACACCCAGGGAGACAAGCAGCCUGUCUGGUUCACUCUGGGUAUUAAAGAGGCGAUCAAGGGAUGGGAUAAGGGUCUGCAGGGGAUGUGUGCUGGAGAGAAGAGACGCCUCAUAGUACCUCCUGCCCUCGCUUACGGCAAGGAGGGGAAAGGUAAGAUCCCACCAGAGAGCACCCUGACCUUUAACAUCGAGGUGAUGGAGAUCAGGAACGGACCCAGGUCACAUGAGUCCUUCCAGGAAAUGGACCUUAACGAUGACUGGAAACUCUCCAAGGACGAGGUGAAGGAGUACCUGAGGAAGGAGUUUCAGCGCCAUGGCUACCCUCCCAACGACACCCAUCAUGAGCAGAUGGUGGAGGACAUCUUUAAGAAGGAGGAUGAGAAUGAGGACGGCUUCAUCUCCUCUAGAGAGUUCACCUACAAACACGAUGAACUUUAACCUCUGACCUAGUCCCCUAUACUUAUGGAACAAGAGUUUUUCCUGGUCAGGUCAAACUUGAGACCCUACUUAGGGUAAAAGUUGCCCUUAGGCACAGAUCUAGGAUCAGUUUUAAUGUUCCCCAAAUCAAAUGCACAGAACAUAGGAAACUGACCUUAGAUCAGCGUCAGAGGGCAACGUCGUCUUACGUCCUGAAAGUGCCCAGUCCAAAACUGAAUCUAGUGCCUUGCAGGUUACAUGAAAAUGAUAUGAUAAUUAUUACAUUGCACAAGCUGUGUGAAUUGUGAUGCUAGUGUGUGUGAUAUUUUGGUUACAGUUUAUUUGAAAGUUUGUUUAUAGAAACUGCUUAUAAAAACCAUUAUUGAAUAUUUGGUUAACCAUUGAUUUAACUGUUUUAGGGGCCCUGAGUUUUGUUUAUCUACAACAUUAAAAAUGUGUUGCAAGAAGGUAUAUAAUGUAAAACAUUGAUCACAGGAUAACACAUUUGUGAUCUAGUUUAUAACUAUCUUAGUGGUACCUGUGUUUUCGCUGAUUAUGUAUUUUGUGUACACUUUGGAAAGAAAAUCAAUAAAGUGACUGCCAUAUUUUCACACAAACAAAACAAUACAUUUUAUUCACUGGUAAUACUUGAGAAUACCUUAUCACGUUUAACCACUAGGUGGCACUGCUUACCAACGUGUUAGUGUUGACGAUAGUGUACGUCGACAGAGCCUGAGGUGUUCAGCCCCUAGUUACUGACAGGAGCUUUUCCUGGUCAGUUCGGGCGGUGAUAGUGCAGGGAAAAACAUUGCUAAUACAUUUUAUAAAAAGGUAUAAUGUAGUAUAACACAACAAUCCAAAUAUAGGGAGUGAUAACGGUAGCUCACUCAAACGACACUAAUGAAAACACUUCAAUACAUCCACAUUGUCCUAACAUUGGAGAAGUAGUUGUUACACAACAGGUUGAGAGGCAUUGAUAUUUCUACUGAGAAUCUGUCUCGUUCACUAGCUCUUUACUGCUCUUCUUAUUUUUUUAUUUAUUGUGUUUUUUGUUCUACCUGGUGUUAUUUUUGUGCUACGUUGAUAUUAAUUACUGCAUUGUUGGUUUUAGAGGUUGCGUAGAAAGUCAUUUCACUGUACUACUUGCAAUUCAAUUUUAAUCUAUGUGUUGAAAGUAUAGGGGACUGCUUGUGUGUAACUGAUGCCACGUUUUCUGCCUUGAGCAGAAACAACUGAGAUCCCAUAGCAGAGAAAUAAUAGAUGUAGAAUGUGUGCAUACGUUGCAGAUCUGCUGGGUGAGUGUGUGUGUGUGUGUGUGUGAGAGAGAAAGACAUACAGCUGAAGUCAGAAGUUUAUAUACACCUUAG